AUGGCGCUUGAUGAGAUCGGUAUCGGUCGUGAGGCACUCUCGAAUGGCAGAAGAUCCUUUCGUGCAACAGUGAGUGCAGUUGACCUGGCCAGCAAAGUAGCAGUAGCAGAGAAGGACGGUAGCCUCCAAAAAGGAUCUACAAACGAAGCCGUCGAUCAGGAGUUCACAACUCCAUCCAAAGACUACAGCAUUGAGCUGAGUAAUCAUUUCAAUGUCCAAUAUAGUGGUCGAUUCACAAUUGGCGAUCAGGAACUACCCAUGAUUUAUGACACAGGAUCCUUCGAGGUUCUAGUGCUCUCUACGAAGUGCACAAACUGCGUCAAGACCUUGUCGAUGUAUGACUAUAAGAAGUCACACUCUUUCAGAGAAAGUCCCUCGCACGUGGUUGCUGAACACGCCUUCGUCAGUGGCGAUGUGGUCACGGCGGAGGGCUUCGAGACCCUUCGAUUGGGUGGAAGAGACUCCGCGGUAGACGCGAAUGACAUGACCUUUUGGAUGGUGCAGAAACAUGAGUUGAAGUUUUGGAAAACUGGCAAUGCCAUCUUUUCUGGAAUUGUUGGACUUUCGCACGUGAAACGAAUUCCUGAUGGUUUUGGUGGAGAUGCCGCGGAGGAUAGGUCGCUACUCGAAGAGAUGCAUGUGGAUGCGUGUUCGCACUCUGCUACCAGCGAGGUGGCUUGA